AUGGAGUCCACGUCAGGCUCAAAAACUUACUUCUCCACAGCUUUGCUCGUCGGAGUUCUAGGUAUUAUAAGCUUCGUAUUUUACCAAAGUUUGAAGGGAUCGAAGCAGUCGCUGCCUCUCCCCCCUGGGCCUAGGAAGCUUCCGGUCCUGGGAAAUGCGUUUGAUUUCCCGAAGUCUGAACCCUGGGUGACUUUCGCCAAGUGGGGAGAGCAAUACGGCCCCAUCGUCCACUUGAGCGCAGUCAACCAAUCCGUCAUAAUACUCAAUGACCCCAGCUAUGCCGUCGAUAUGUUAGACAAGAAGAGCCGCAUUUAUAGCGAUAGACCCACGCUGAUGCUGUCAGGCCGUCUUAUAGGCUGGGAAGAAAUCCCCGGAUUGGUGCCUAUGGGUGAGCAGUGGAGCGAGUAUAGAAAGAUGUUUGCGCGGUUCAUGGGUACGAAGGCGAAGGUGGAGGGAUUUGGUGAGCUGUUGGAGGACGAGACGAAGGCGUACUUGAGGAAUAUUUUAGAUGUGAGGGAGGAGUGGGUCGAGCAUUCGCGCCAGUUCGCGGGCAGCAUCGUGCUGAUGUUGACGUAUGGCAUCAAGCCUACGGAUGACGGCGCAGAAGGGAUGAUAAGAGUAGUCAACGAAGCCAUGUGCCAGUUCUCCAAGACGAGUAUCAGUGGCGCGGAUUUAUGUCUUGCAUACCCAUCAGUGCGACAUGUCCCAAGCUGGUUUCCCGGUGCGGGUUGGAAGCGUAAAGUCCCCAGGUAUAGAAAGAGCUUACAGCUCAUGGUAAAUGAGCCGUAUGAAUGGGCAAACAAGCAGAUGGCCGCUGGAACUGCUCGCCCCUCCUUCCUGUCUACAUACCUUCAAGAUCAGUCGGUGACUCUCGAACAAUCACAGACAGUGAAAUGGGCCGCCAAUGGAAUUUAUAGCGGUGGAGCGGAUACUACCGUAUCAGGCCUGGAAUGCUUUUUUCUCGCGAUGGCCCUCCACACCGAAGAACAAAAGAAGGCACAAGCCGAGAUCGACAAGGUUAUAGGUUUGGGCAGGCUGCCCACCCUCCGAGACGGGGAAUGCUUGCCGUAUACGAACGCCUUGAUCACCGAGGCACAGAGACGAUACCCUUUCGCGAUGCUCGGUAUCCCUCAUGCCUCGAGAGAGGACGAUGUCCACGAGGGAUACUUCAUCCCGAAAGGCUCUGUUGUCAUCCCGAAUGUGUGGCAAUUUCUGAAGGACCCGAAGGUGUAUCCUGACCCCGAUCGCUUUUCCCCAGAGCGAUAUCUCGCUUCAGGUGGAGUUGAACCACAGAAAGAUCCACGAGAGUAUACAUUUGGAUUUGGGCGACGGUUCGUCCCUUUUCGAGAAUCUCCGUACCUUGACAUAGGUAUCCACUUCGCCGACGCGUCGUUGUGGAUCGCGUGCACCUCCAUACUCCAGGUGUAUGAUAUACGGCCACCUACGAAGAAUGGACAGCCGGUAUUACCAGCCGUAAAGUUUACGAGCGAGUCGAUCAGUCAUCCGGAACACUUCGAAUGCGUGAUCAAGCCACGUUCAGCCGCUGCUGAGGCCUUUAUCCGGGGCAAUGCUUGA